CUAGGCCCAGGAGGUAGGGCUAGACUUGGGCCGAGCAUGUGUCUAGGCAGUAUAUAAGCUAGCCGGCUCGGUUCCUAAGCACAUUCGUCCCACAUCUCCUUCUUCACCUCUACAAGACACCCCAACCCACCCUUCAAAAUGUACAAGCUGGUUGUGUUCGCCGCUCUCCUCGCCGUGGCCGCCGCCGCGCCUAGCCCUUACGGUGUUCCGCUGGGCGUAGCUGCCCCUUAUGCGGCCCCCGUGGCAUCCGUUUGGGGCCAUGGGCUCGCUCCAGCCCCCAUUAUUAAGACCGCUGUGCCUGUCGCCACUUCAUAUGCCAACACUGUGAGGCUCGCCAGCCCAGCCGUGGCCGUGGCGCCUGCCCCAUACGCCGCCGUGGCCCACGCGCCCGUCUUAGCGUCCCCCUACGCCUCCCCCUACGCGUCCCCCUACGCGUCCCCCUACGCGCACGGCUGGUAAGCGACACGCCACACGCCAGACGCCACAAGCCCGGCCACACUACCUGGCCAACCAGUGCAACAGUCAACAUCGCUUAUUUAAUUUAAAAUCGCUAUGAAAAUUUUGAAUGUCGAAAAGUAGUUUGCUUUUCUGGAAAGCUGUAUUGUUGUUAAUAAAUUAUUCUUCUUGGUUUU